UUUUGAAGAAGAAGGGUUAAAGGUAAAGAAAAUGGUAAGGCGGUGCAUUGGUGUUUACGGAAGCAUCGAUCCGGUAGGGCUUCGUUAACAGAGACAAAGUAAAAGUCAACUCUACUUACGUAAGAUCAAAUAGGAAUAAGAAGUUGCGUGUUUUUGUGUCGUGUUGGGUUGUAUCUAUCAUCAGAAGAGAAAGAAGACGAAAAUGGAGGGAAUAGGGUCAGGGUCAGGUUCGGCAGGUCCGGCACCGUUCCUACUGAAGACAUACGAGAUGGUGGAUGAUUCAUCGACGGAGGAAAUAGUAUCGUGGAGUUCCAACAACAACACCUUCAUCGUUUGGAACCCCGCUGAAUUUUCUCGCCUUCUUCUUCCCACUUUUUUCAAACACAACAACUUUUCCAGCUUCAUCCGACAGCUUAACACCUAUGGAUUUAGAAAAGUACACCCUGAGCGAUGGGAGUUUGCUAAUGAAGAUUUUGUGAAAGAUCAAAAGCAUCUUCUAAAGAAUAUUCACCGCAGGAAACCUAUCCACAGUCACUCACUCACACACCCCGUUGUGGAUUCAGAAAGGUCUGCAUUUGAGGAACAGAUAGAGAAACUUUCACACGACAAGACCACCAUUCAAUCCAAUAUUUUCCGCUUCAAACAACACCACUCCGCUGCCAACACUCAUCUUCAAGAUCUGCUUCUGCGAUUGGAUGACAUGGAGAAGAGGCAGCAAAAUCUGCUCACCUUCUUUCAAAACGCUCUUCACAAUCCUACUCUCGUUCAACACAUCACUCGCAAAAUCGAGUCCAUGGAUUUGCUGGCUUAUAACAAGAAAAGGCGAUUACCUCUUCAGCUUGAGGACCGUGAUCAAGUUGCUGGAAACACGUUGGUUGAAUGUUUUGGAUCGGAAUUUGGAGAUGUUUCUCAUCAAGAUUUCUCCGAUAAACUCACACUGGAAUUGUCACCUGCUGUUUCAGAAAUGAACUUGGUGGUGUCAUGUAGUACACAGAGUUCAAAUGAAGAUGGAGAAAGCCCACAUAAGAUGAUGCUUCCGGAGAUAGCAGAGCUUGCACAAACUGGAGAGUCUCUUAAUUUUGAGAUGCAUUCUUGUCUAUCACGAACCGCCACAGCUUCUGAGAGCCCCAGAUUAGAUUCAAAAUAUGAAGAUGGUGACAGUUAUAUAUCCUGUCUUUUGAAUCUAUCUCUGGCAUCUUCUCCAUUACAAGCCAAGAGAAACACAUGCCAUGAUAGAGCCCCAUCCCUAAUAGACUGUGCAGAAUUUGGCAAAUUGGAAGGAUCAAAAUUUUGUGCCAAUGAUAUUAAAGAAUAUGACGCUGGAGCCUCUUCAAGCAGAAGUCUAAACGAGGACACUAAUUCAGCUGAAGCUACCCCAACUGCUCCGGUCAGAGUAAAUGAUGUGUUCUGGGAACAGUUCCUUACUGAAAGACCAGGUUGUUCUGACACCGAAAACUCAAUGUCCACCCACAAAGUAAAUGCUUAUGUUGCUGAUGAAAAUGAAGGGCGCUCGGUUCAUGGAAUCUCUGGAAAUGUCAUGGACAGGAAUCAACUCACACUCUGACCAUAUUGUCCUGGAUCCUUAAUACUAGUUUUGAUAUUGGUAUGUGAGUUUUACAUGAUAAAUUAAACAUACUACUUGAAACUUGACAUCAAUUUUUAUGCCUAUUUUGUGUAAAAUAUGGAUAAUCUGCACUUGUCUUGGACACAUUAUCACUGAUGUAUACGAGGUAACAGUUUUUGUAGACAUUAAUGUUUAGAAUGUUUUUAUUUAACAACAAUAACGUGGCAUUUCUUUGUC